UGUGACUGAAUUGGGAAGUGAAAGUAGAAAUGGUUAAGGUUUUCAAAUGCCACAAUUUUAAAUCGCAGAGCGUUGUACAGGUUGAUGGAGAACCCAUUGCAUUCUUCAACCACAAAGAUAAACUGUUUGUUGCAACAGAUAAAUGCACAAUUGAAGUUUUUUCAUUGGGAAAUUCUAUCAGUAAAAUUAGUAGUUUUUCCACAACAGAACAAACAAUUCAUGACAUAGUAUUUUGUUACCCUGGUAAUUAUGUAGCAACUAUUGAGUCGACGUACAAUCGUAGAUCAAAGAAAAAUGUCUUUUACAUUAAAGUUUACUUAAAUUGGGAGGUUGCAUCUGUCAAAGAUAAUCAUAGAACAGCCAUACGUUUAGCAGGAAAGGACCAAAAUGUUACAACAUCUGCUGUAGAUGAAUCCCUUGUUCAAGUUAUAGAAAUCCCUUAUGAAGAGGAAAUACAGGACUUUAGUAUUUGUCAGAAAACUGGUAAUUUGAUCACCGUUUCCAAGGAGGUAACAGAUGUUUAUCAUCUUGUGGAGAAAAAAAUUUUGAAUUCUGAUAGAGUUUACCUUGACAUUGUUAAAUUCCUUCAGCUUGAAUGGCACAUUGGACAUGUUACAAAAACUGUUCUCUGUGAAGAUUAUAUUGGAGUUCUAUCAAAGAGAGAGACACAAAUUGUUAAAGUGGUUUACUCAGAUGAAAAUUUGGGAAGAUUACAAAAUGUUGAAGCUGACAGACGAUCUUCUUCAGAGAGAAGGGGAAGUAAUCACCUAAAAUCUUCAUCUGUUAUGAGUAAUGUUUCUUUUCUUUCAUCAAAAAGUAGUCUUUCCCUCCCAGAUACACCACAAUUUUCCCGAGUUGGUUGUCGAUCAUCUGCUAAUGCAAGUCCUUCGUUACUGUUGAAUAAAUCUGUAGAUUCUGUCAGUAUUAUAAAAGAAGAUGACCAUUUUAUCAAGAUAAAUUUAGAUGAUUUGAAAUUGAACCAAUCACAUUCUUCCAACAAAUCAAUUAAAACCAUACAUCUGAAGAAGCUACAGGAACACAACUGUGACAAAGUUCUGGAACCAGAUGUUACAGAUUUUAGAGGUGGUGGUCACCAGACAGCAGGAUCUAUCCAUGUCAUGACAGUCCAUCACCAGAAAACAAAGAGGACAGAAGAUGAAUUCAGACACCUGCAGCUCAUACCUUCAUAUAUAUCAAAUAUAAGUAGACUGUCUACAAGAGUAAUGCCUGGUUCAGUACCUCUUAGAUCAGUGGUGUAUAAUAGUAUGGUUGGAAUUAGCUGCUUUAUCAGCAGUGACAGUAAUGGAUAUGUAUUUGAUAUUUGGUCAACCGUGUCAACUCAAUUGUCAACCUACAGUUACUCGGAUAUUCCUAUGCAGAUCGUGAUGAAUGAAGACUUGCUGUAUGUAUUGACAGGCCGUGGGUUAGAGAUCUACACCAGUCGUUGUGGUACAGCAGCUAUUCAUCAUACAGAAAGAUUCAAUACAAAGGAGAAGGCUUUUCCUUCAGCUGACAUGGACACAUGUCUGUGUGGCGUCCAUUUAUUCAUGAAUACAAUAAAACUGGAUGUUAGUGACAAGUAUGUUAUCAUCUUGUCCAAAUUAGAUGGAGUUCAAAGGUCAGAUGAAGGUUCCUGUAGUUUAUAUGCUGUAGAAAAAUGUUCCCCUGGAGAACUGUAUAAAGAUAUGGUUAAAUAUGGAGAAAGGUCAAGGAAACAUAAUGAAGGAACAUAUUUAAAUCUUCUGCUAGAGGGUCACAUGACCUUAAGAAACACUUUUAUUGGUGGAGACAUAAAUGACAGUGAAAUAGAGGAAUUGUUCAGAGAAUCCUGUCUUUUGAUUGGUGAAUACUAUGCUAAAGAGAAAGGUACAGAUGGACAAUUGUGUAUUCCUUAUCUAACCAUGUCUGGGCUGAGUGUAGCUGACAUCAUCAGACACCUAGUGGAGAGUCAUGAAAAGAUGGGAUACUCUGACCAUGGUCAAGGAUUUAUAGCUUAUUUAAAGCAUGUUCUACUGCAGGAUGCAGAACCUUUUGAGUUGAUAGAGGCAGAAGGUGAUAUGAUUCUGUCUAUUUGCAGUAAAGCAAUUCCUGACCUGCUCUCAGAUAUCAUUUUGUUUUCCAGAGUGAAGGAAUUUAAUUCAGACAUUAAAUUUAUUUCAGAAAAUGCCCUUACCUUGCUACAAACUUGGAUCAAAGAACUUGCAAGACAUGGAGAAAAGUCAAGUAUAACAGACAAGUUAGCAUUGACCAAUCUAUAUCUGGUUUUGUGUGAUCCAGAAACAGCAGAGAGGACCUUGCUAUUGAUUCCAAAGGUUGACUUAAUGAAAAUAUGUGUUCAACACAAUGAAAUUCUUCAUGAUAAUUUCCAGCAGCUGUCUCCCUUGUCACAGCUGAUGAGAAGAUGUUGUCCCAGUGUAUUGACACAAUCAAUGGUGGCUCUGCAUGACAAAGGAACCAUAUCACUUGACUUAGCUAUACAGCUUCUUCAGGGUACAAGCAGCAGUGAAGAAAUGUAUAAAAAUACUCAUGUUAAAGAAUACCUGGAACUUUUGUUGAAUGAUACACAAAGAAGAUACAUUUUUGAAGAGGCUGUUGUUUUGUUGAGUGAAAUGUAUAUCAAAAGACUGGCUGAUUACAAAUCUGUGAUAUCAAAGAAAAGAACAGCCCCUCAAGUAUUACAGUUGCCUGCUGAUGAGGGCCAUUUUGGAAGAAGAUACAGUUGGUUGGAUUGCUUACCUCCCUUCAAAGGACCUGAAGAUAUGAAAAAGCCAUGUCAGUAUAUUUUACGUGCCAGUCCUACAACAGCUCGGAAAAAUGCUUCAAAGAUCAAGCAGCAUGCUGUUACCCAUGAUCAUUGUAACUGUGGUUUGUGUUUUGAAGAUCUUCUAAAAUUACAGAGUUUGUUAUGUUUUCCUAAAGCAAGUGAGAGUUUAUUGAACAGAGUAUUAGAGUUGUUGGAUCAAGACAAUCUGGUUCCUGGUCAGGAUUCUAUACUGAUACUGGUACUGUUAAAAAAUAACAAGCAGAGGGCAACAGAUAUUGUGGUUCAGAAAUAUCCUAGUGUUAUAUUAGAGUUUGGGAAAUGUGUAAUGAGUUCUGACAGGGAACAGAGAAAAAUAGUUUUAGACAGUGUAUACACAGCUCUCCAACAACAGAUUGGAAAACCAGAUGACAAUGAACCAGUUUAUCUUCAAUCAUUGAAAAAUAUACUUGACUUCCUAGCAAAAACAACAGGACCAGAAGAAUUUUUAAAUUUGUUACCUGACAAUGGAAAUUUUCUAUUUUUUCUACCAUACAUAUCCAUGAACUGUGAAAAACAAAAACAGAACAAUUUAAUACAAGUAAUAAAGAACAAAGGCCGGCAACUCCAAUCAACUACAUCAUAGCAAAAUAAUUAGUCAGGUUACAUCAGUUUCACGUAGAUCAGGUGCUAAACAACCAUCUUGGACAACACAAUAGCAGAACACAAUCCGUCUAGAUUCGUCAUCAAAUAUGCAAAUUUUGAGACAGGGAUGCAAUUCAUUUG